AUGCUUACUUUGAAAUCUAACCUAGCGGUGAUGCCAAUUGCUAGUUUAGACACAACAGCUGUGUGUCUUUUUGCAGGAGCCUGGGGAGGGGCCAUGGUGCCAAGCCAAUUCUGGGGGACUCUGGAGAAGCCGCUUCUCUUCCUGUGUUGCACCUCCUUCCUCCUGGGGCUGGCUUUCCUGGGGAUACGGCCGGACAUCGCCCCUGUUGCUUAUUUCUUUCUCACCUUGGGUGGCUUCUUUUUGUUGGCCUGCCUCCUGGCCUGUGUUUUGGAAUGGGGGUCUCGAUCAGUGCAGACCGAGAGCCCAGGGGCCUCAAGCAAUGCACGGGACAAUGAAGCCUUUGAGGUGCCAACCUAUGAAGAGGCCACAGUGUUGGAAUCACAGUGCCACCCCCCAGGGGCGGAUCAACCACCCUCCUACACCAGUGUUGUAAUCCCCCCAGAACUUGAGGUGAGACAGCCUAGCCAUCCAGAGGAGCCCAGGAGAGCCAGACUGGACAGGCGAGUGGGCUCAGAGGGGUCUGUGAUCUCAGGAAGCCCUGGAAGACCUCCAGUCAGCCUGCGGCUUCGGGGACCACGAGUUGCGUCCACUGUUCCUGAUCUGCAGAGCUUGUGGGUGCCCCCCAAAUUGGAACCUCUUACUCCACCCCCUGCCUACGAUGUCAGCUUUGGUCACCUCGAUGAUGAUGUUUUCUAUGGAAACAACUGGACACCCCACUAA